GCGGAAGGACCCUUUUUACCGUCUACUCCGCUCAUCUUGCUAUCGUGCUGUUGUAACGACAGAAACAGCUACAACGAGGGGAGCCGACAGGAGGAAGAGUUUAGAUGUGACACAAGUACGGUGAGCGAUAAAGCUCAAAACUCACGCGUCCUUAAAACAAACGUGAUUGUUAUUAUAUGUACAAAGAUGUCUGCCACCAGGUACCGUCGGUUCCUGAAGCUGUGUGAGGAAUGGCCCCGGGACGACGCCAAGAAAGCACGGGAUUUAGGGACGUUUCUGCGACAGAGAGUAGCCUCAGCCUUCCGUGAGGGUGAAAACACACAGAUCUCUGAUCCAGAGAAGUGUGACCAGAUGUAUGAAAGUUUGGCCCGCAUUAAUGAUAAUUUCUACAGACAACGAUUCCCUCGUGUAAGAGACACAAGCUUUACUGGAGUUACAGUGGAAGAGUGUAAACUGCUUUUGUCAGGAAAUGUGCAGCAGAUGGACGAGGAAAAGAAGGGAUUGUGGAAGACGUUAAUGGAAAGAUUCUCCAAAUCACCAGAAGACGCUCCAGAGAAAGCUCCUGAAAAAUAACCUCACUUUUCUUUUGUCAUGACAUGUAUAGAAAUAAAGCUUAUUGUUGUUAACUUUAA